AUGCAGGCUGUAUCGAGACUCGUGCAGCGAGCGAGUCCAGCGAGGAAGCUCCUUUCAUCUUCACAGGUCGCUGUUCCUGGCGCCGGUGUCGCUCGGGCUUUCCAGACUGGCGAAGUUAUCCAGGACUUGCGCGUCCUGGGCCGGCGACUUGAGCAUGUCAUGCUCGUGGAUGACAAACCGCUUGUGUGUGGCGCGUGCAACGCCGACAACGUCCUGAAUUGCGCAGAGUACUUGGGCGACAAAAAGGGCGAAGAACUGUUUGCCAUCACUGCCGCCUUGUAA